AUGAGCACCCUGAAACUAGGAUCUUUAUUGAUACGUACAUUGGCCAAACCAGUCGCCAACUCGAUUAAGGUACAAGCCAAGGAGCAUGCUUCAUUCCGAGACUUUUGCAUAGCUGUUGCGCAGCGAUCGCACAAGUUGGAAAUGACGCUCAAGAUGAAGUUCCUUGGAUACAAGAAAGAAGUUAUUCGACCGCUGAAUGAUGCAAAAGCUGUUGAAGCUGGAGCCAACUUUUUAAGUGAAUCGUUCAUUUUUGGCGUUGCAGCAUCCAUCAUCAUUGCAGAGAGCUGGAGGUCUCAUCAUUCAGCCAAGAAUCGCCGCAACUACGUCGAUGACGCCUUAGAAAAUCUAGAAAACGAAACCGCCCAACUCAAGGAUAAUAUCCAACUGCUGCGUCAGGAACAAGCUACAGCUGAGAAACGUAUACAAACACUUGAAGAAGAUAAUACCCAGCUUCGAAAGAUCUUGGAUCAGGUCUUAUCUGCCAGUCUCGGUUUGAAAGGACCUAAUGGAUAUGGUGGAAGAAAUUAG